AUGUGUAAAAUUUUCGUCAGAUCGUUCCGUAACCUCACAUCAUGCAUCAAAAGGUUCAAAUUCCAACUUUUCCAGCUUUUAAAGGUUGACCCUGCUGUUCUUAAGGAGUUUGAAAUGAAGUCAAACAUGUCGAAUUUACAUAUAGGAAUAACUACAAACGACGAAGUUAUUAAAAAAAUAUUCCGCUCACUUGUGGAGCCCAUAACUUUGUUCGGUGAGGGUAACUACGAGCGAAGAGAACGACUUAAAAGGCUUCUUUUACAAAACUAUGAUAACUAUUUUAGAGGAAAGGAGAUUGAGGUUGCAAUUUCCUCUUCAGCAGAGGCCAACAACUUCUAUCAAGUUCUUAAGAUGUUUAACAUCGACAUGUCAAAUCUUUUUAACAAGAAGGGUAGAUUCGCUGACUUCACCCCUUUUCAAUAUGACACUUCUGAAACUGGUGAUAAGGAACUGUUUUACACUGAGGGAGAUGAGAAUGUCAAGCAUUUUAGAGCUUCUUUGGCACACUACUCUUGGAAUCGCAGCGUCAAGCGUAAGAUGCUUCUUCACAAGUAUAGGUCUGACUGUGAUCAAUAUGAGCAUAAAGAUGAGGUUGAGAACUAUGGAAACUUCCUGACUGAGUCGAUGUCUAUGGCAUAUUCUCAACUUGCGUCCACGAGGCCCCUUACCAUGGCUAAAUUUUCUCCAAAUUCCAGGUACAUAGCCUCAAGUAGCUACGGUGGGGAGAUUAACAUUUUUGACUGCAAUGAUUCAAAGUAUAAACAGGUUGUCAGUUUGUCAAAUGACACUAACGAAAUGGCUCGCUGUUUUGAUUGGAACUAUAACUCGAAUCAUGUUUGUUACGAUAGAGUUCACCCGAGUAGCAUAGCUGAUAACGACCUUCUUUUGAUCUCUGGCGGCUCAGGUGGCACUCUCAGUUUAUGGAAACCAUUCUCUAAAAUCAAGGAUGAAGAGUUUGAAAAAUGUCUACACACUAGUAAAUGCCACGAUUUAAGGGUGAAUAGAGUAGUUUUUCAUCCUUGCAACAAUUUUGUGGCUUCUAGCUCUGAGGAUGAAACUGUUGUUCUCUUUGACCUCGAAAAAUUAUCUGAGGUUUACGUCCAGGAAGGCCACUCACACUCAGUUUAUGGUCUCGCUAUAAACGGUGAUGGAAAUUUAAUCGCAUCCGGUGAUCAACAUGGAGUUCUUUUAAUUUUUGACCUUCGUACUGGUAAACAUAUUUUUCAGCAGUGUAUUCACAAUGCUGAUAUUACUGGCAUAAAUUUCCAUCCUCUUCUAUCGCAUAUUUUCGCCACAAGUUCUUCUGAUAAUUCGGUUAAAAUCUUUGAUUUAAGGAAGUUUCGUCCCAUUACUUCUCUUUUAACUCACACCAAAUUGGUCAGUGAUCUUCAGUUCGAGCCACUUUACGGUAGGUUUCUUGCCACCAGUUCCUUUGACACUCACUUGAAAAUUUGGGACACUUCUCUUUACAAGUGUCGUAAGGUUUUGACUAAUGACGACAACCGUGUGAUGGGUUUGCAUAUUUCUCCUGACGGCAGUUCUAUUGUUUCCGCUGGAUACGACCGUACUUGGCGUCUUUUUAGGCCAACAUCAGAGUAUGUUCAUGAUUUUAAGUUAUAUAAAACUUUCUCUUAA